AUGGAGAGUGAUUCGCUAUUCACCCUACCGUGGGUAAAUGCUCAAAUUCUGCCGGGUUCGUUCCUACUAGCAGUUCCACCAUCUUCUAAUUGUGUAAAUGAUACUCUUUAUAUUCUACCAAUAUGCAGCAGAGCAGCAGAGGAGGAAGACAGCAGAGCCACAGGGGGGGAGCACAGCAGAACAGCAGAGGAGGAAGAUUAUGAAAGCGACGAACGUCGCCGAGGAGGAGCUAGCAAGAAAAGAAGGAGAAGGGUUGGGAAAAGCUCAAGUUCAAGGGAGAGUUUGGAAAGAUCGCCGGCAACUGGAGAAAAGAAAAGGAAAACCUCCAAAGAAGGCGGUGGUUGGAAUCCUCUCAAAGUGUUUCGAGGCAAAGGCAAAAGUGCUGAAGGUGUCAGAAAAACUCAGGAUUCAAUGUCGCUUCAGAAAAGACUUGAUAGACAAGGAGGACAAACGUACCCACCUUAUAGGGAACAACAAGGGUAUGGAGGCCAGCAAGGGUAUGGAGGACAACAAGGAUAUGGAGGGCAGCAAGGGUAUGGAGGACAACAAGGGUAUGGAGGACAACAAGGGUAUGGUGGACAACAAGGGUAUGGUGGACAACAAGGGUAUGGUGGACAACAACCCUAUGGAGCAGAGCAAAAUCAGCCAUACGGGCAGCAACCGUACGAUAAACGUUCUCCCUGGGAGCAGCAGUAUCCUCCUCCACCUCCUCCUCCUCCACCUCCUCCUCCACCACCACCACCACCACCACCACCCCCACCCGCACCAGUAGCAGCACCAAGAGGAGGACGUCAAGGCUACAUUUAUAAUAAAGAUGAGUAUUUCGCUAAUCCAUCAAAACCAUGGGAAGCACCAAAGGCAGACCCACCAGUUCCACCGCCACAGAAGCGGCCACCACCCCCGCCUCCACCGCCGCGUCCACAACCUCCACGUCCGCCUCCGCCUCCGCCUCCACCACCACCGGGUGCUCCUCCACCUGGAUUUUGCUCUCCGUACGGUAAUAGUCAAGAUAAGGAUGACUACUUUUCAGUUCCUUAA